AUUUUCAAAACUUAGAUAUCAUAGUAACUACGUUCAACGGGCUGCUACGUCAUGCUAGGGGAAUACUAUAACACUGAAAGAAACAAUGGAAAAUUUAAUUAAGACUGAAUAGGUGAACCAAUUGGAUCUUAGAUAUAAGCACUACUGUUUGUCUAGAUCACAUGUACAUACUUAGCAGUGUGUCAGCCAAGUUUCGGAAGGAAAAGAGAAUCACACUGGCAGAGUGGAUAUCAUUUACAUAUACCAUUCCAAACUAUGUACUUUCCACUCCUCCAUUGCUCAAAAAAUAUUAGAUCUACACACUUGUAAUUUUGAAAGAUUAAUAAGGUCUCCUUGUUUUCCUAGAAUCUCACACUUCAUGAAUAAACUUAUUAGUUCUUAGUUAUUAAUGUCAGAAAAGUGCGACUACUUCUAACAAAUAUAAUUUUCCAACAAGGUAGAUCAUUUGGCAAAUAAAAAGGAAACAAUUAGAAAACUUGAAUUAGUGAUAUUUGGUGGCGAUAAAGUUGUUGUUCGGGUUAGUUUCAAGUAUUAAGUAAUUUUUUUUUAUAUAAUAAAUGGAAGUAGGUGGCUAAUCACGUCAAUAGACAUUGUCACCUCUGAUUGCUAUGAUGUCUCUAUACUCUUCUGAGUGGUCAUGGUGAAAUUUGGUGGCAGAAAUAAGCAAAAGGGGUAGUACCUACCCAGACAGAUUCCUAGGCAUUAAGGAGUUCAACGACUUAGUAAAAUAUUAGCUGUAAUAAUAACAUUUUGCAAAAGUUAACGAUAUCCCACCAAAAAUAUAAAUGUGAAAAGGGAGCCAAGUUGAGGACAAGCGAUGUUAGAGGUCAUUCAUUAAUUAUGUAAAGGUCCCGAGGGGGGAGGGCGGUUAUAAAAAUCUCUACAUACCCUUAUCUACCGAAAGCAUCCUUACGUAAUUAAUGAAUGGCCCCGUAGGGGUUGCCAUGUGGAUAAAACAGUUGAGGUCCGAGUGGGUGCCAAAUUAUAUGGCAGUCCUUGGCUAUCAUCAUCAUUAUCAUUGCAGCCGUUCACAAGUCCACUGCUGAACAUAGGCCUCCCCCAAGGAAUGCCACAAAGCAUGGUCCUGAGCUCUCUGCAUCCAUCGACUUCCUGCAUAGACUUGGCUAUAGAAAUGUACAAUCAACUCAAUUGAUUUAUAAGAAACUUUGUUACAUUCUUUUAUAUACAAUUACUAAGUAAAACUAAAUUGUUUGUACUCCGUUACUGAGAACUACGUUUUCGUAUUAUAUAUCGUUAUUAGCUCACGAAAAAAUGCAAUAAAAAUAUGUAACAUAGUAUCAAUGUACUAUGCGUAACAUUAAAUAAGAAAAUAUGAUUUCUAUCAAAAUUAUUACGUUAUAAAAGGCAUACCCGUCAAAUUGUUACAAUCGACCUAAUACUUUUUACUUCUAAUAUAGUCCUUACAAUUACAAAUAUAUAAACAAAAUAACAUAUAAUAUUUCUGCCUUCAAUUAAAUGAAUACCCACACAGCUGAGAUGGAUUUAAAUUGUGUUGGAUCAUAUUGUAGUGAAAUUAAACUUUUUAUGUAAGUUAAUCAAAAUAGCCUUCUGAUAAAUGUGCUUCAAAAUAAUAUAUUAAGAUACUAUAACAACCAAUAUCAAAAUCAGUUUUGAAGAUUAUGAUUAAAGAACAGAUUUGUUUUAUUUUUUUUUCCAAAUUCUAAACACGUACCCGUUUUAGUAACGAGACUUGUAGAAAUAAAACAAAUAUUAUUUUCUAAUAUUACUUCAAUUUUAAGUUUAUUAAAAACUUUUGAGCCAGCCAGCAUGUACAAAACUAUUGUAAUGUAAUAUCAUCAUCAUCAUCAUUAUAUCCCUUCACAAGUCCACUGCUGAACAUUGGCCUCCCCCAAGGAGUGCCACAAAGCACGGUCCUGAGCCUUCUGCAUCCAUCGACUUCCUGCAUAUCUUACCAGGUCGUCACUCCAUCUAGUGGGGGGACGGCCUACACUUCGCCUGCCGGUACGAGGCUGCCACUCGAGAACCUUUUUUCCCCAUCGGUUGUCGGUUCUUCGAGCUAUAUGGCCGGCCCAUUGCCACUUUAGCUUACUAAUCCGUUGGGCUAUGUCGGUCACUCUGGUUCUACUGCGGAUAUCCUCAUUUCUAAGUUUAUCACGCAGAGAAACUCCGAGCAUAGCCCUCUCCAUAGCUCGCUGAGCGACCUUGAGCUUCCUUAUACGGCCAGCAGUGAAGGACCACGUCUCAGUUCUAUAUGUCAUCACUGGCAACACGCACUGGUUGUACAAUCUCGUUUUCAAGUUUUGAGGUAUACCUGACGAGAAGAUGUGCCGUAAUUUCCCGAACGCUGCCCAACCGAGUUGAAUCCGUCGAUUGACCUCUUGGUCGAAGUUGGACUUACCUAGUCGGACUAUUUGUCCCAGGUAAACAUACUUGUCAACAACUUCGAGCUUAGUGCUCCCAACAACUACCGGCAUAGGUGUGACAUGGAUAUUAAACAUGAUCUUUGUUUUGUCCAUGUUCAUCUUAAGACCUAUCCGUUGGUAAACACUAUUGAGGUCAUUGAGCAUAGUGCUUAGGUCCUCCAGCGAUUCUGCCAUAAGGACUAUAUCGUCGGCAAAUCGAAGGUGAGUGAUGUACAUUGAUGUUGAUACCGUAUCCUUUCCAGUCCGGAAGCUUGAAAACGUCUUCCAAUGCAGUGGUGAAGAGUUUUGGGGAUAUGACGUCACCCUGUCUUACACCUCUGCAAUUGGAUAGGUUUCGUACUCUGGUUCUGUACUCGGAUAGCCAUCGUAGCCCUACUCUGUACAAGCACUUCAACACUUCGAUAUACCGACAGUCAACUUGGCAUCGCUGAAGGAACUGCAGCACCGCCCAAAUUUCGACGGAAUCAAAGGCUUUCUCAUAGUCCGCAUACGCCAGACAUAGUGGCAAAUUGUACUCCUCGGACUUCUGUACAAUUUGCCGAAGGGUAUGUAUGUGGUCUAUGGUGCUAAAGCCUUUUCGGAAACCGGCUUGUUCGGGAGGCUGGAAGUCGUCAAGUCUGCGCGCGAGACGGUUCGUAAUGACUCUCGAAAACAGCACGUGGACGCGGCUCAGAAGGGAAAUAAUUACUUAACCUUCCUUUUUGAAGUUCCGUAAUCGAAUAAAAAGUAGCCUAUAAGUUGCCCCGGGUUACUCACUACCUACAUACAAAAUUUCAUAUAAAACGGUUCAGUAGUUUUUGCGUGAAUCCGGAAUACACCGACAGACAAAAAUUCUAAAAACCCCUAAUUUGGAUUCAGAACCCUUUAUUUAUUCCCCUGGACUUGUUUUUUCAAGAAUAUAUUAGAAUUACAGACACGACUUUUCUACAGAUUUAUUAUUAUAGAUAUAUGUAUAGAUUAAAAAUGUCGGUUGAUGGCUUGCUACGCUUUUUUGUUAAACAAGUAUGUUCUGUUCACAGGUAUUACUGGGGCUGCAGUACUUUCACUGGCAAGUAUUCCACUUCGUAACAUCAUAGGUUUUUUGUACAUAAGUGAUGAUAAUAAACUGAUUAAAAUUUCUUCAGUAGAUUUUUGGGGAAAAAGAAGGGAUAAAAUAAUUGAUGCCAAUGAUUGGAUACCAUUACUAGAAAUGUCUCCAAAAGUAAGUGAUGCAAUUUAUCUCACUCCAAAACUGACUGAUGGUACUAAAUAUAAACUUAUUAUUAAAUUUGGUAAUGUUCUAAAUGCCCAAAAAAUAGGUCAAGUUUUAGAAUGAAAACUGACAUAAAAUUAUAGAUAAUUAGAAAGAAUAUGAAGACUAGUAACAAGGUGAUGUAUCUUAUACUUUAUCGGUGACAAUGGCAACGCAACUGCAUUUUGUUUCCAAAUUGACUAUAGAUGUCUAUGUCUAUGGGCCGCCACAGCAUCCACUUACCAUCAGGUAGUCUGUGCUUGUUUGUCACCCAAUAAAAUAAUUAUUUUGGGUUUAAAAUGGCUUUUAAGAAAACAUCUGUAAUAUAUUACUCAUGUCAUUCUAUUCCUUAAAUAUUACAGUAUUGUUGUGAACCAAUUUUAAACAAAUUUUGAUUAAAUACAAUG